UUCCCCCUUGCGGAGCCGGCUGGGGGCUGAGCGGAGCGAGGCCUCUGGAGGCGCCGCCAGGACUCAGGAGUGUGGGGGGUCUCGUCCCGCGGGCGCAGGAUGCUGUUUGAGGAGCUCGACCCCCGGCACAGCCUGUGGGAUGAGGACGGCGAGAGCGGCGAGUCGGAGGAGGAAGAGGCCUUGGGGUCGGACUGGGCAGAGGACAGGGGCUGGCUGCAGGAGGAGCCCAGGGUGGGUCACAGCCUCCUCCAUCCGUGUAACAAGUCUACGAGGCCUCGGCCAUGUCGCCGGCAGCUCUUCUCCCCGUGCAGGCCCUGGCCCCACGACCCUGCCCCGAGCCAGGGCUCGCUCCCCUGCUGGGCAGGGCACCUUUCUGGAGCUGGGCUGAACCGUGAGCCGACGGGCACCGAUCUCGGGCCGCACCCAGCUGGGCUGGCACCAAACCCGACAGCGUCUGCGAACCCGGCUGCCUACGAGAGCCCCUGGGAGCCUGGGACGGGUCACUUGCUCUCCACCCGGACGCUCUCCCAUCCCUCCUUCUACCCCUACUACGCGGCUUUGUCUUGCUCCACACCAGGGACCCAUCCAGUGCCCCACGGGGACCGGCCCCAGGGCUCUGGCCUGCAGGGGGGCCCAGCCACUGGAUCAGGUCUCCUGCUUCCCAUUAGUUCCAGUGAAUUCUUCUACACAGAUCCCCUGAUGCCCCCAGGGCACCGGGUCUACAACUACCUUUCCCACCCCUCCCAGCAGGUCUGUCAGAGUCUCCGUCUCAGCACCCCAGACCCCAUCAUGUCGGUCCGUGAGGCCUCUCCUCCUCCAUGCCCGCUGCCCCCCUUCCUGCCUCCCAGGGGCAUGAAAUGGCUCUCGCAGGCAGAAUACAAUGCGGUCAGUGCCUUACUGGAGCUGCCAUAUGAGGAGCCGGCCUGCAGCCCCGGGGAGAGCUCGCCCGGAACCCAGCUCCUCCUGUCAGCCGUGGAACCGGAGUAUGGCCGGGUGGUAACCCAGGAGGCCGCUAAUGCCCUGCUCAGCCUGCACAGCUCCCCAGACACACUGGGGGAGCACCUGGGGGGCACUGAACCCCCAGCGCUUCCCCAUGGCCUUGGGUCCGUCAUGCUAGGGGCCUUCUUCCCCCAUGGGGCUGUAGGGGCAGCACCACUUUAAUUCUCACGCCCCCUUUCUCCAGUGAUGGGCAGUUCCAAAGGUCAGGGCUGCCAGGAACGCGGCGGGGAGUCCCGAAGGCCGUCCCUCCCCCUAAUGACCUACCUCAGGGUUUUUUACGUAAGUUAAACCCGAGCCACAUCAUGUGGCAGGGAGUUCCACUGGCUAAGUCCUAGUUGCCUCCUCAGCGAGUUUUCCACAGGCUAAAAUGCAGCCUGCUAUCCUGUGGCAGGGAAUUCAGCAGGUAUCCUGCCUAUUUGCCUGCCCAAUGGUCUGUCCAAGUUUACAGACCAGUCAAAUAUCAUGUAGCAGGAACUUCCCAAGUUUAGACUCCCAAGACCAUGUGGCAGGAAGUCUCUCAGACCAUCAGCCUGCUUUUGGGAGUUUUCUGUGGGUCAAUCCCAGUCAUACAUCCUUUGGCAGGGAGUUCCACAGAUUACCCCUUGAUUGCCUGUCUCAGGAAUUAAAUCCCUGACAUAAUAUCUUUGGGUACGUCAGUUUAACUCUGCUACCAUCCUAAAGCAGGGAGUCCUGCUGGUUCACCAUACCAUGUGCAACAUCCUGUGGCAGGGAAUUCCACAGGUAAACCCAGCUGACAACCUGGCAAAGGGCUUUUUCAACAGGCCCAUGCCGUUGUUACCCUGCAGCAGGUAGUUCUACAGGUUGACCUCAGUAACACACCCGCUGGGUGUCAUUUGGCCAUGUGUGGAAGAGCCAGGUUUGACGAUGUAAAGGGACAAUUUUGAGCCUCUUUGCUGUGGAACAGUGUUGGCAUGUGUGGAGUUAUUUGUAACUUUUUCCGUUCCGUUUCUUUAAUGUUAAUAAAUUAGAGUCCCAGAG